AUGUUUUGUCACUACUCAAAACAUUGCUAUCAGUGUGUAGAUUGGUUGACUUCUUCUCUAAAGGCUUCAGAAUCGAGUCGGAAGGGUUUGAUAUACAGCUUUGUUGCCAAAGGAACAGUCGUAUUAGCAGAGCAUACUCCUUAUUCUGGAAACUUUAGCACCAUUUCUGUUCAAUGUCUUCAGAAGCUUUCCACUAAUAGCAGAAAGUAUACUUACUCAUGUGAUGGUCACACCUUCAAUUUCCUCGUUGACAAUUGUUUUGGAGACUUCAAGAAACGGUAUGGGGCAAGUAUAAAGAAUGAUGACCCACACCCUCUUGUCGUUGAUGACAAAGACGAUGAUUUGUUUGGUGAUCGGUUUAGCAUUGCUUACAAUCUUGACAGUGUUCCGGUCUAUAUGUAG